AUGCCCCCAGAGGUAUGUCCAUGCCAUCCUACACCUAUUGUCACACCCAUAAUUCAAUUCCUUCCUCGAGAGCCACCCAGAUCGCUACUAGCCAAUCAGCCUCCGAAGUACAAAUACUACCGAGGAACAAAGAGGAUGAUGAUGAUCACCAAGAAGAAACUCAUUCCAAUUCUUGUUUUCACACUUUCAGGCUUCUCCAUCCUCAGGCUUCUUAAGAUUUCUACUGUUUCUUUGUUUUCUUCUCCUCCUGCUGUUGCUUUGCCUCCAACUCAUCCACACACACAAGGCCCAUCAAAGAGUCGAUCUAUUUCCUCUGACAGCGCUGCCACCCUCACUGAGAAGGAAUUUCGCCUUUUGUCGAAUCUGAUUUCCCUUAGAGCCCCUUGCAACCUCCUUAUUUUUGGGCUUGAGCAGAAAUACCUUAACCUCUCAAGAAUCAAUGCAGGUGGCAAAACUGUCUUUCUGGAGGACAAUUCAGAAAAGCUGAACAAAAUCGAAGCCAAUUACAGUAAUACCCGGAUUUACAAAGUUGAGUACCAGACAGUUGCCAAAGAUGCUUACAAGCUGCUCAAGUAUGCAAGGCGAAACCCUGCUUGUGGAUUGCAGCACUCAAGGUCAGGUUCACUCAAAAAUUCAAGUUGCCCUCUAGCUUUGACAAGGUUACCAAGGGAAGUGUACAAGCGUAAGUGGGACAUGGUUGUGGUGGAUGGGCCGAGGGGUGAUGCACCAGAUGCACCAGGAAGGAUGGCUACCAUUUACACGGCUAGUCUGAUAGCAAGAUCUGGGAAUAUAACAGAUGUGGUAGUCCAUGAUGUAGAUCGGAUGAUUGAGAAAUGGUUUGCUUGGGAGUUUUUGUGUGAUGAGAACUUGGUUUCUUCCAAAGGAAAACUGUGGAAUUUUAGGAUAAUAGGCAAAUCAAAUUCUACAACAUUUUGCCCUGCCAAAACAAUUUUAAUAGAGUAA